ACAUAAUAAUAAUGAACUUGGUGAAUGUAUAAAUAUGUAUAUAUAUAUAGAAACUACACCGUGAGAUGGGUAACAGAAGCUUUAAAAAUGUAUCGACCAUUAAUUCUAUUUAACGGUCUUGCAUUAUGCAUUUGGUCUGUUGGAGUAUUUUGUGUCACGGAUUGGGAAUUUGUUAUAUUGCGUAUUGAACACAACACAACGAAUGCUGAUAUAAUUGACUUUGACUUGCGUCCAAUACGUGUCAGUCAAGGAGUUUAUGCUAUCAAUGGGUCUAUUGUUAUCGGCAUGGACAUGGACGAUACAAAUUCGGUUGAAUUAAAGCUUUAUCGAAGUGCUUCUGGGAGUAGCCAAUUUCGAGCAACUCCAUUUGAAAUUCCAAAAACUACUUUUUAUAAAUUCAUGACUUCGAUUUAUGUUAAAAUGUUGCAAAAAGAUUUGCUUCAGUGCUCAAAUUUACCUGAGCAUAAAGAUAGUUUUGAAAAGCCUUUACAAAAAGGUACUUACGUAUUAAAUAAGUGUAUAAUGUCAAAUGAUGGAAUGCCAGGACAUAUACAACCUGGAAUUUAUAGAGCUAGUGGUCAUCUUGGUGACGGCGGUGUUGAGCUAUAUGUUUCAAUAUUCUUUGAAGUUAUAACAAAAUCAAUGGUUUGAGAAGUACUAUAAAGUACAAUUUGCACAUGGUUUUCUAUUACAUACAAAAUUAAAAAGUCAAUAAAGAAAAUAGUGUUAUUUGCAUAA